AUGGUAGUGCAUGAAGGUAGUAACGUGACGUUACAAUGUGCCGCUACAGGAUACCCAAGUCCAACAAUCACAUGGCGAAGAGAAGGCAACCAUAACAUCGUGAUUUCUAACACGUUAACUGUUGCAGUAGUGGAUAGCUCCACGCUUACCUUUCACCGUGUGACAAGACAACACAUGGGUUCAUAUCUUUGCAUUGCUUCCAAUGGCGUGCCACCGACAGUCAGCAAGCGCAUUACUCUGAUCGUCCACUUCGCUCCCAUGGUUUGGAUUCAAAAUCAACUGGUCGGUGAUUUUGUGGGAGAUCGAUUGUCAAUAGAAUGUCACGUCGAAGCAUUCCCGAAGUCCAUAAAUUAUUGGUCGUCAGAAAACAGAAACUUACUGACUCAAGGAGAUAAUUACGAUACAACGUUAAAAGAAGUCAAUUAUAAAACAGAAAUGAGAUUAACCAUUAAUCAAGUAAAAGAAGAACAUUUCGGCACGUGCCAUUGUGUUUCGAAAAACUCUUUAGGCGCAACGGACGGGACUAUCAAAGUUUAUAAAUUACCAGGAAAAAACUGGAACAAUAAUUAUCAGACGUCCGUGACGGCUUCAAAUAACGGCCUGCAGCAUAAUAUUACAGGGUCUACGUCUAAUAGAGAAGGCAAAAAUAACUGUGUGCCGAUCAAUCCUAAGCCUGUGGUAAUUUUUUAUUGCAUUGUCUUAUGCGGAAUACUGUUAUCCAAAUCAUCAUGA